GUGAGCACAUUACCUUUAGGAGUGAAACCUUACACAAGCAGUGCUGUCAUUCUGUCCUGCGACAAAUAUGCUGAACACAGUGGCUUUACUCCGGUCAGAAGGACAGACAAAAAGAUGAAGUCCAGCUUUUCCUAUGCCACCGCUGCUACAUUAGAGCAUGAUCUCAGUGAGCCACUAUCUGUCCAGGAUGACCAUAGGAUACCAGAGGGCUGUCCACAGUCUGUCAGUGACCCACCCACCUAUUGUAUCAGAGCAGCAGGAGUUCUGAGGUACAAUCGGGAGUCUGACAACCACAGGAUAAACUUAACAUCCAUUCUUCCAGCGUCCCAGCCCCUGACAGAAUACCCAAUGAAAUGUGAGUACUGUGGAGAAAAGGCAAAACCUUCACUGGAUCUAACAUGGGAACAGGGGCCUGAGACAGCUCCACCCUUCUGCUGUGCCCGGUGGCAGCAGCUGUGUGGGAUGCUGGUGAAGCAGAGAUGUUUGGUUGGGGGCAGAUGUGACCUGAGGACUAGUACUCCAACAUCACUGGGAGACAAAACGGCCACAGAGAUGGAGGAGCUUCUCUUCCGAGGCAGGGAGAUGGAGGAUCACAACAAGUUUAUCACAGACUUACCGAGUGGACUUGGAGAACAAUCAGAAUUGAGGAUCUACGAGGAUUACUCAGUCCAACUACCUGUAGCAGAAAUCUUUGCUCCAACAUCAAAGGUCCUCAGCUUCCGGCUCUCUUGUGCUCCAGGAAAAGGAUGCUGGACAGUGUGUCCUAGUACCGCAACUGAGAAGCACUUGAAAAUAAAAGAGGAAGAGGAGCAGGUGUUGGUCCCUUUUUGUGACCACAAGCCACUUCAGUUCGGCAUAUGUCAUCAUCAGGAUGGGGCAGAAUUUCUACAGAAGUAUUAUUCCAAUCGCAUGAAAUUUCUUACCGUGUUCCCUGAUGGCUCUGCUCAGGUCUUUUAUCCCUCAGGCCUCUUGGCUCUCGUUGUCGUGGUCACUGAAGAAAAUGGAAGGGUCUGCAUCGUUUAUGAUGACAGCGAUGCCUCCUAUCAACCAAUUAGAGCCAUGUUCCAGUCAGAUGGCAGGGCGACGUGUUAUCACAGCAAUGGAAACAUUUGGCUGACCUUAAACAGAUCAGGCGGUCAGUGUCUGGAUGAGGAGGGUGCCAAGGUUCGUCGGUGGAGCUGGAGCAGUCUGAGACUCACUCCCACUCCCCUGCACCCCGUCUUCCUGUCCCUCAACAAAACUGUUGGGGUCCGAGUCCUGGGGAAGGAACAAGUGUUUGUCUCCUUCCUGGCAAGAGGCCACCAGGCAAAGUUCAGUGUGGGUACCUGCUGCGCUCAGAGUGAAUGUAAAACAGAUGGGGCUGCUUCUGGACCAGUACUGAAGGAGGAGCUGCUAGUGUUGGCAGCCAGAAUUAGGAUCCGCCUGGCCAUUCAGCAUCUUCACCAGUACCUGACGACGCCCUCCCAUCCCAGGCUGCCGAAGACCACACAAGCCCCUCACCUCCACGUUGUUGCCCAAAGGCUUCUGGAAGUCAGUGCUGAUGUGAUGAGUGAGAGUGAAAGGGCCUUUAUCCAUAGGUGCCUUCGGGAUUGUCUUUGAUGUACCACUAAUAAAGCACACUGUGACACAA